GCGAACCAGGAUUGUUCAUGACUCAGGUGGACUCGGGCAGAGUAGCCUACAACGCUGGAGUCAGAAACGAAGAUCGUCUGCUCGAGGUCAACGGGGAGAACAUAGAAAGCUACACGCAUGACGAAGUGGUGGAAAAGAUCAAACUGGGAGGGAAAAGCGUCAUGCUCCUGCUUGUUGACAAGGAAACGGACAGUUUCUAUCGCAACAAAAAAAACAAGAUAGGAUCAUGGUUGGCAACAGUAAAGUUUCUCCCACUGCAACCGCGCUUCAUCAAUUUGACCAAAGGGUCUAAUGGAUAUGGAUUCCUGCUCAAAGAGGAUCCAGGCCAAGGAGGACACUUCAUAGGGGAAGUAGACAAAGGCAGCCCUGCAGAUAAAGCUGGCCUGCGGAAAAUGGACAGAGUUGUUGCUGUCAACGGGACGGAUGUGGACAAAUGCAGCCACAAACAGGUGGUGGACUGGAUCAGGCUAUGUGACAACACAUGCUCCUUCCUUGUGGUGGACAAAGACACGGACCAAAUGUACAAGCAGGGUAAGGUGUCUCCGAUGCUUUUCUGGGAGGAGAUGAAAGGUUCUAACUCCCCACCCAGUUACACCGAAGCUUUGAGCUUACCUGCUCCUGCCCAAACAUCCAUGGCUGGAAGAGAUAAAACGGAGGAACUGAGACCCAAACUGUGCAGAAUGGAGAAAACCUCUGCCGGUUAUGGCUUUCACCUAAACGGCAUUGAAGGGGUGCUUGGCCAGUACAUCACAGAGGUGGUGAAAGGCGGUGCAGCAGACAAGGCUGGAAUGGAGAACGACGACGUUGUGAUAGAGGUGAACGGUGAGAAUGUGGAGCAGAGCACCCAUGCUGAGGUGGUGAACAUAAUCCGCAGAAGUGGCAACACUCUGGAGAUGCUGGUGGCCAGACAGGAUGUCUACAAACAGCUCAAAGCCACAGGUGUGAAGACCACACCGCUUCUCCUUGGGGAGACCUUCAAGGGGAAAACUCGCACUGCAGAGUCUCCAAAACCAAACAGGGAAGAGGAAAAGCAGCAGCAGCAGGAGGAGGAGGAUGAAGCCAGGCCAGAAACUCCACCUCAACAGGAAAGACAGAGGACUCCCUCUGUGUCAUCAUCUUCGUCUGAAGACGGCAUCGACGAGAGACUCUGAAACGACGCCCAAAGGAACAAAUCCUAGAUGUGGCCGAAUCUGAAGAGUUUGUUUUUAAAGCUCUCUGAGCUUCACACAUUCCGGUGAAACAUACGGUAGUAAGAGAGAUGACAACAACAACUAAAAUAAUAAUAAUAAUUACAGCACUCGGACUGAGAAAUUGCCCACAAAAGCUGAUUCAUAGCAGAAUAGCUGCUAUGAAUCAGCAUAGCAGCUAUUCUGCUAUGCUGAUUCGCUGCUGCUGGCGACAGUUCGCCAGCAGCAGCAAUCACAUCCUGUGCAACCAGCUGUGAUUCCGUAUUUAUACGGAACUCCUGCAAGUUCCUCAUGGAACUUGCAGGGGAAAAAAACAUUUUGUGCCUUUAAGAAAAACUUCAGUGCUCUCCUCAUUCACUGAAACCUCAAGGAGGUGAUUAACCAAAAGGAUAAAUGCAACUUUAACUUGCAUACAUGUACUAUAUUCAUUCUCAUAACACAGACAAUGGCUGCAAGAAGGUGGCUACUAACCUAAACAAGUCCACAUCUACAGUCAAAGCUUAAAAUAGAUGGAGCUGUGACAAACAAAACUUGAAGAAACCAAAUGCUCUUUUACCAUUACACCCAGAAAGAAGGACCAUAAGUAAAAAAAUAAAAAUAAAAACUUGCUCCAUAAAGAUCAGGGUAAGAGAAUCAAAGCAAAGCUUUAGAUUUGUGAUCAAAUAAGAUAACACUUUAACAAAUUUUACACAUUUUUACCAAUGUAAAAUGGUAAAAAGGUGCCAAUAAAUGUUGAGGGCGCUGUAUUGUUUUGAUCAAAGCUUGUAUUGAUAUAUAGCCCCUUUUGCAAAACCUGAGAUAAUCGUUGUCAACAUAGUUUAAAAUCAUCUCUGUAUGCAGUAAACAUGUAUUUUCUUUCCUUUAUUUAAUAUUUGACAUGAAAGUUCACAUUUCUUACAUAAAAUAAAAAAAAUCAACACAUUCCAUCUGAGUAAAGGCUGACUUUUUGAGUGCCUGCUUUCUUCCCUAAUUGAAUGACAUAUCUGAACAU